CUGGCUGUUCGAUAGUGCUGCGUGUCACCCUGGCUGCUGGCCGCUGCGUCCCACCACAUGCACUCGCUCGCCAGUGAUCCUUGAGCCUUGACCGGGGGGGUGGGGGAUGGAGGGGAGUUGGAGGGGUUGAUAUACGCGGUAGACCUGCGAGGGCUUUCGUGGCUGGAGACCAGUGGGAGCCGCGCUGGAUUGGUGAGAUGAGAUGAAGGAGGGCCGGAUAUCUCGACGUAUAUGCGCUACAUAUACGAGCGACCGCGAGGAUAAAUUCGAUGCAGACUGCCGAAGGGAAUGCAGGGAAGCGAGAGCAAAGUCUGGAUAUUAUCAGGGCCAGCCUCGACUUAUGUCAAGUGGUGAGGAUCUUGACUCUCCUCGCUAAGGCCUCUCCCGAUUUAGGUCCCAGCCCCAGUCCCAGUCCUAGUCCCAGUCCCAGUCCCAAUCCCGUCCCCGUCCCAGUUCCAGGCCUUGCAAAGGCGGUGACGGUUCUGUCGAAUAAUCCGAGUCCCUUUUGCAGCACAACCACAGCCACUUACAAUUCUCUCUACCACUACUUCACUCUCCCAAAUCCAGAACGCUUUGUCUGCCAGACCCAGAGGGUCGCAGUGGAGUCCCAUAGACACUCGUCUCGUCUCGUCUCUGUCUCCUCUCGUCCUUGCACUCGGUCGGUCGUUUUCGUCUGUGUCUCUCGUUGAUUAGAUCGAGGGUUCGCGUCGAUCUUCAAUCCGUCCCUCACUCUCUAUCAAAAGAUAAUUCCCCACAUCCAUCUCUUCAGGUGGCAAUAUCGAACCGAGGCUACCCAGCUUCGCGUUACC